AUGUCGAAGGACGACGAGCGAGCCGAACAUUUGCUCAAAUCCUUGACUAAUGUGAACAAAGGGCGCUAUGAAACUGGAUUGCUCUGGCGUUAUGACGAUGUUCGAAUGCCGGGCAGUAAGCCGAUGGCAAUGAAGCGGCUAAUUUGUCUGGAGAAGCGAAUGCAACGGGAUCCUGAUCUAGCUGAAGCCCUGAAGGAGAAGCUUAGAGAUUACGAGCGGUCUGGAUACAUCGAGAAGCUGACGGAGAACCAACUAGCCGAGAGAUUCGAACGCGUGUGGUACCUUCCAAUAAAGAUGUGGGACGCAGCCGCAAAGGUGGCGGGUGUUUCACUGAACUCGUUCCUGCUAACCGGACCAAAUCAGCUUACUUCUCUUCUCUCCGUUUUACAACGCUUCCGAGAAUUUCGAAUUGCUAUAACGGGCGACAUUCGAGAGAUGUUUCUUCAGGUGUCGAUGAACUGGCGCGAUCAACAGUGUUUGAGGUUCCUAUGGCGGAAUGGAGAAUCAAAGCGUAUUCCGGAUACCUUUGUUACAAAAGUAAUGACUUUCGGGGCAACGUGCUCGCCCAGCUGUGCACAGUAUGUGAAGAACCACAAUGCGCAACGGUUUCAGGAUAAGUUCCCGAGGGCAGCUGAAGCGAUAAUUAGAGAACAUCACGUAGAUGAUAUGCUGUCCAGUGUGGAGACGGAAGAUGAGGCGAUAAAGCUAGCUAAAGAUGUCCGAUUUGUUCACGCAGAAGCAGGUUUUGAAAUAAGGAACUGGCUGUCAAAUUCGAAUCGAGUGCUGCAGGAGUUGAAGGCGAAUCCUGGAGAGAAGAGCAUGAAUCUGUUGAGCGAAAUGGGAGCCGAGAAAGUUCUGGGAUUGUGGUGGUGUACCGUAGCCGAUACCUUUACCUUCAAAGUGUCUACGAGGCUAAAUGUCGAUCUACUGCAGGGUCAUAUCGUACCAACAAAAAGGCAGAUUUUGAGUACGCUAAUGACCAUCUACGACCCAAUUGGACUACUUACGAAUUUCCUAAUGUUCCUGAGAAUGCUACUCCAGGAAAUUUGGCGUAGUGGUGUAAAUUGGGAUGAACCCAUUAAGAGCGAACAGUGGGAGAAAUGGCAAAUAUGGUUGCAAGUUCUUCCGCAAGUGGAGUCCGUCACUGUACCCAGGUGUUACCGAAUAAAAACGAGCACAGGCGUGCAAAAUGAAAUUCAACUCCACGUGUUCGUAGAUGCGUCUGAAAACGGGUAUGCCGCAGUUGCGUACCUCCGGUUCGAAAAAGAUGGCGAAGUGGAAUGUGCGCUCGUUGGUGCGAAAACAAGGGUAGCUCCGUUGCGAUUCGUGUCGAUUCCCAGACUUGAACUUCAGGCAGCAGUUAUCGGAGCCCGCUUAGCGAACGGUAUCAUGAUGUCUCACCAACUUAAACCAACAAAACAGUUCUUCUGGACGGAUGCGCGUGACGUUCUUUGCUGGCUGAAUUCCGAUCACCGGAGGUAUAAUCAAUUCGUCGCCGUGCGGAUCAGCGAAAUUCUAGAGCUGACCGAGGUUAACGAAUGGAAUUGGAUUCCGACGAAACUGAACGUGGCUGACGAUGCGACGAAAUGGCAGAAACUUCCGGAUUUUUCUCCUGCCAGUCGUUGGUUCCGUGGUCCAGAAUUCUUGUGGGAGGCAAAAGAGAAGUGGUCUGUUUCAGUAUCGAGCUUCGAUUACACCGCAGAAGCGGUUGCUGCGUCAUGUCGCAUUUGUACAGCGGAAGAACUUCGGAAAGCAGAGUUGUCAAUUCUUAAACUAGUUCAGAAUGCUCAAUUCGCCGCAGAGAUAGCUGCACUACAGAAACCGAAACAGGCACCUUGGAAGAACGCAUUGCCAAAAAGUAGCUCGCUGUAUGGCCUCAGUCCUUUCUUGGAUGAAGAGGGGCUGCUGCGAAUGAAGGGUCGUAUAGAUGCUUGUGACGACGUAGAUGAUAAUGUGAAGCGCCCGAUAUUGUUGCCCAAGUGUCAUCCCGUUACUGACCUCAUUAUAGCCAGUGUUCACCAGCAGUUCUGCCACAUGAACCACCAGACUACACUCAACCAGAUCCGGCGUAGAUUUUACGUGCCUCAGCUACGGUCGACCUACAAACGCGUGCGAGCCCGAUGUCAGCUCUGCAAAAUUCGCCAGGCGAAGCCAGCAGCUCCAGAAAUGUCAGCUCUACCACCUACGCGCCUAAAAGCCUUCUGUCGUCCAUUUUCCUACGGUAUCGACUACUUCGGUCCUAUGCAUGUAGUUACUGGUCGGAGGACCGAGAAACGAUGGGGAGUGCUGAUCACAUGCCUAACGGUGCGAGCGAUACAUCUUGAAGUUGCUCACAGCCUCACAACCGACUCAUGCAUCCUCUCCAUUAGGAAUUUUACCGCUAGGAGAGGUGCCCCUCUGGAGAUAGUCAGCGAUCGCGGCACCAACUUCAUAGGAGCAUGUCGUGAGCUGAAGGAAGCGUUACAAAAAUUUGACCACGAAAAACUCAUGGAGCACUUCGUCACCACUGAUACAAAAUGGUCUUUCAAUCCUACUGCAUCACCACACUUCGGAGGAGCCUGGGAACGUCUCGUUCAUUCCGUGAAGAAAACCUUGAAGCACCUCCAAGUCACACGCACACCCACCGAUGAACUGUUGAGGAACAUGCUCACAGAGAUCGAACUAAUCAUCAAUUCACGACCAUUAACGCAGUUACCACUAGAUGACGAGCUUUCCCAAGCUCUCACUCCGAAUCAUUUUUUGAUUGGUUCUUCAGAUGGUUCAAAGCCCCCGAUCACGUUCGAUGACAGCAGUUACGCUCUGAAACACACCUGGAAACUGUCCCAAGUCUCUGCAAACCGGUUUUGGCGUCGCUGGGUAGCUGAAUAUCUGCAAAUCUUACUCGGAGGACCAAAUGGUUUGGCCACGUCAAGCCUAUCGCAGAAGGGGAUAUCGUCGUCAUCGUUGACGAGGCUCUGCCAAGGAACUGCUGGCCGAAAGGUCGAGUGA